AUGGACUGUAAGCCGGCAAAUACUCCUAUUGUUCAGAAUCACGGACUUCAACUCAUCAAAGGGGCGGCCCCUACUGAUCGGAGUGGAUACCAGAGGCUAGUUGGGAAACUCAUUUAUCUAUCUCAUACUAGACCAGAUGUUGCAUACACAGUGGGAGUCUUAAGCCAGUUCAUGCAUAGUCCGCAAGAUGAACAUUGGGAGGCAGCACUUAGAGUUGUUCGCUACUUGAAAGGAACCGCCGGACAUGGAGUUUUGUUUUGGAAAAACGGGCAUCUAGAUAUCCAUGGAUACACUGAUGUUGAUUGGGCAGGGAAUCUGGUCGACAGACGCUCCACGGGAAGAUACUUCACCUUUAUUGGUGGGAAUUUGGUGACUUGGAGAAGCAAGAAACAGAAGGUGGUUGCCCUCUCUAGUGCCGAAGCAGAGUUUCGAGGCAUCAAGAGCGGAUUAACCGAAAUCCUUUGGCUUAGGAGAUUGAUGAAAGAAUUAAACAUGGAACUGCAGAAAACUUGCAAAUUGUUGUGUGAUAAUAAGGCCGCGAUCAGUAUCUCAGAAAACUCGGUAUAG